ACAACUAGUUCGUCGAAGCAGCUCAAUCUGCUCUUGAAGUAAGGCAGAUAUCAGACAAGAACCCAACGCGCGUACUGAAGGCACCGAGUUGUAAACAGGCUCGCAGAGUCGCUAAUAUCGCUGCGGUUUUUCUUUUUUAAACAACCGCCUGGACAUUGCCAGGAAACAUGGCUUCUAACAGCACAAGCAGUGCGCCGACCAAGGGCUCGGGGGCGACCGGCGACGAUGUCGUGGUGACGGUGGACGACAUUCGGCGUCUCGGCAUCGCCAACUUGGAUCCGAUUCCGGAGGACUACUACGACAGCGGGGCGGACCAGGAGCAGACGCUCCGAGAAAACAGACUGGCCUAUCUCAGGUUACGUCUGCGUCCCAAGCAGCUCAACAAUGUGGCGACGAGAGAGAAGGCAGUGACGCUGCUCAAAGACCAGAAGCUCUCCAUGCCCAUCGGGAUCGCACCCACGGCCUUCCAGAAGAUGGCUCAUCCAGACGGGGAGAUGGCCACCGCAAGAGCGGCCCAGAAAGCGAACACACUGAUGAUCCUGAGCACGCUGAGUAACACCACAAUGGAGGACGUGGCUGCUGCAGCUCCGGGAGGACUGCGCUGGUUCCAGCUGUACGUGUACAAGGACCGAGACAUCACCAAAGACCUGGUGAAGCGUGCAGAGAAUUCCGGCUACAAGGCACUUGUUGUCACCGUCGACACACCCCUGUUUGGGAACAGAAUCGCAGACGUCAAGAACAACUUCACAUUGCCGGAUGGUCUGACUGUGGCCAACCUGGAAGGCGUUGGCGGAAGCCUGGAUCCGUCGUCCGGGUCAGGGCUCGCUGCAUACGGCGAAAAACUCUUGGAUCCUUCCUUGACGUGGAACGACAUCAAAUGGCUCAGGAGCAUCACCAACCUUAAAGUUAUCGCAAAAGGAGUGCUAACCGCCGAAGAUGCGAGGAAUGCUGUCAACAGCGGUGUUUCUGGCAUCCUCGUCUCCAACCAUGGUGCUCGGCAACUGGACGGAGUAACAUCCACAAUCGAGGCCCUGCCAGAGAUCAUCAGAGCAGUUCGAGGCCGGGUCGAGGUGUACCUGGACGGAGGCAUUCGUCACGGCACCGACGCCAUCAAGGCCCUCGCCCUUGGAGCCAAAGCCGUCUUCGUGGGACGCCCGGCACUCUGGGGGCUGGCGUAUAAUGGGGAAGAUGGCGUGACCCAGAUGCUCGAGAUAUUGAGAAAGGAGUUGGAUCUGGGAAUGGCACUUAUCGGAGCACCGAAAAUAGCCGAACUACGGCCGGAAAUGGUUGCUCGUCAAGAAACCUACGCCAGACUCUGAUUGCAUCCUCAAGAGCGGAGAUUCAAGCUACCACGAUUUGGCGAAGCAUUGACAACGGGUGUCGUCAGGAAGACUUAGCCUAAGAGAAAGGAAUGCUUUUCUAUGCAUAUUCCCACCGCUUAUUACCGAGGUAAAAAAAAAAAAAAAGCGAGGCGUUUCAUAUUUUAUGCAAGAGUACUGCUCACGCUCGGAACAUCCGUAGCCCAGUAGUCAACGAUGGCAGCACACAGAAGGUGGUUAUUAGAAUGGUUUAUAGUGUGACUGACAUCUGACAAAUGCAGGACGUGACUCAUUAUUUUCACA